AUAAUGAGAAUUGGUUGUGCCCGUGUAUAUUGGACUGUAGUUGCACGGUAUUACACAUACACAAUUGAAUAAAUAAGUAAAUAUAACAUGAGUUCUGUGAAUGCUGAGGAUGACGUUUGUGAUAACAAUGUUUGUACAGAAUUGGUAUUCUAUGUUAAUGGCAAAAAGGUAACAGAACCCCAACCGGAUCCCGAUUGGACUCUGCUAUGGUACCUGAGGAAAAAGCUGCGUUUGACUGGGUCCAAAUUAGGGUGUUCAGAAGGAGGUUGUGGCGCUUGCACUGUCAUGGUUUCUAAAUACAACCGAAAAGAGAACAAAAUCAUUCAUCUAGCGGUGAACGCCUGCUUGGCACCAGUUUGUUCAAUGCACGGAUUGGCAGUCACAACGGUUGAAGGCAUCGGUUCUACGAAAGAAAAAUUGCAUCCUGUACAGGAACGCAUUGCAAAAGCACACGGUUCACAAUGUGGUUUUUGCACACCAGGGAUUGUUAUGUCCAUGUACACCUUACUUAGAAGUCGUCAAAAUAUAAAAUACUCAGACUUAGAGGUCGCAUUUCAAGGUAAUCUAUGUAGAUGUACAGGUUAUCGGGCCAUUAUAGAAGGAUACAAAACAUUUACCGAAGAUUGGGAAUUACAGCGUAUCACAAAUGGUACAUUAAACAAUAGCUGUACAACAAAUGACAAUCGAUUUGGAACAUGUGCAAUGGGAAAAGAUUGCUGUAGAAACAAAACUGGUACAAAUGAAGAUGAAAGUGAAACACAGCAUAUAUUCGAUAGAUCGUCCUUUGUACCAUACCAUUCUAGUCAAGAACCUAUUUUCCCACCUGAGUUGAAAUUAUUUGAUGUAUACGACAACCAAUAUCUAAUAUUUAAAGGGAAACAAAGUACUUGGUAUCGUCCAACCAAACUGAGUACAAUAUUGGCGUUAAAGGAGAAAAAUAAUGAUGCUAAAAUAGUUGUUGGAAAUACAGAAGUAGGAGUCGAAGUGAAAUUUAAACAUUGCGUUUACCCUAUCAUAAUUAUGCCCAACUGUAUACCUGAUAUGAAUGAAAUCACAGAAAAAGAAACGGGUUUCACAAUUGGCGCAUCAGUGACACUCGUGGAAAUGGAAAAUGUUUUUAAAAAGUAUAUCAAUAAAUUACCACAGCAUAAGGCAAGAACGCUUGUUACUAUAAUAGAUAUGUUAAAUUGGUUUGCUGGCAAACAAAUACGCAAUGUAGCAUCUAUAGGUGGGAAUAUAAUGACUGGUAGUCCUAUUUCGGAUUUGAACCCUAUAUUAAUGUCUUUAAAAGUUAAGCUUAAUCUUUUAAGUAAGCAAGGUUUUCGUUCGGUUCUAAUGGAUGAAACUUUCUUUACCGGGUAUCGAAAAACUGUGGUAAAGCCUGAUGAAAUUUUAUUAUCCAUUGAAAUUCCUUAUUCAGAAAAAUACCAAUAUGUACAAGCAUAUAAACAAGCGAAAAGACGUGAAGAUGACAUUUCUAUUGUAACUGCUGCAAUCAAUGUAAUAUUUGAAGAUAACACAAAUAUUAUAAAAAAUAUCACCAUUGCAUUUGGUGGAAUGGCACCAAUGACAAAAAUUGCUUCACAGACUAGUCAGUCAUUGAUUGGAGAGAAAUGGACAGAAGGCAUACUAGAAAAAGCAUACUCAUAUAUGUUAGAAGAGUUACCGUUGAGUCCCUCAGCACCAGGAGGUAAUGUUCAAUUUAGACGAACACUGACAAUGAGUUUAUUUUUAAAAGCCUUUAUAGCAAUAGCCCAGCAAAUAUCAAACGAUUAUUUACAUGAAGAUAUCAUUAAACCAUAUCACAGUAGUGGAGCAGACCAAUUUCAUGGAAAUAUGCCAAAAAGUUCUCAAUAUUUUGAUUUAGUAGGAGAUAAGCAGGUAAAAAGUGAUGCAGUCGGACGUCCUAUACAGCAUAUGUCAGCGUUUAAACAGGCCACAGGUGAAGCUAUUUAUUGUGAUGACAUGCCUGUUGCUGAAAACGAAUUAUAUUUAGCGUUUGUUCUCAGCAAAAAAGCACAUGCAAAGUUAAUAUCCAUCGAUCCAUCAAAAGCGUUGAAGGAACCUGGAGUUGUUGCUUUCUUUUCUGCUAAGGAUAUAACGUCUCAUCAAAAUACGAUUGGGCCAAUAUUUCACGAUGAAGAACUCUUUGCCAGUGAAAAGGUUAUUAGUCAAGGACAAACUAUUGGCGUUGUAGUAGCACAAGAUCAAGCAAGUGCUCAAGCCGCUGCUAGAAAAGUAAAUGUUGAAUAUGAAGAAAUUCAACCUAUCAUUGUUACUAUUGAAGAUGCAAUAAAACAUAAUUCAUUUUAUCCACAAUAUCCUAAAAAAAUGAUAAAGGGGGACGUUGAAGCAAUUUUUCAGGAUAAAAGCAACAUUAUCAUAGAAGGACAAUGUCGAAUGGGCGGACAAGAACAUUUUUAUUUUGAGACAAAUGCUGCAUUUGCAAAUCCGAAAAAAGAAGACGACGAAUUAGAGAUUUUUUGUUCUAGUCAACAUCCUUCAGAAAUAGCGAAAUUAGCUGCUCAUGUUCUGAAUAUACCUAUAAAUAGAAUAGUUGCUCGGGUAAAGCGCCUAGGAGGUGGAUUCGGAGGCAAGGAGUCUAGGGGAAUGUUGGUAGCCUUACCUGUUGUACUUGCCGCUCAUAGACUUAAUAGACCUGUGCGAUGUAUGCUUGAUCGAGAUGAAGACAUGCAGAUGACAGGUACACGUCACCCAUUUUUAAUUAAAUACAAAGUGGCUGCGACAAAAGAAGGAAAACUGAUGGGUGCAAAAGUGCAUAUAUAUAACAACGCUGGCUAUUCUAUAGAUUUGUCUGGUGCCGUUGUUGAAAGAGCUAUGUUCCAUUUUUCAAACGCUUACUAUAUACCAAAUGUGGAAGUAGUCGGUCACGUUUGUAGAACCAAUUUGCCAUCGAAUACAGCAUUUAGAGGUUUUGGUGGACCGCAAGGAAUGUUUGGUGCAGAAAAUAUGAUACGCGAUGUAGCUUGUAGACUUGGUAAAAAUGUAGAGGAACUCAGUAGACUUAAUUUAUAUCAAGAUAAUUUAUCUACUCACUUCGGCCAAACAUUAACUCAUUGCACUUUACAAAGAUGUUGGGAUGAAUGUAUUGAAAAAAGUGAUUUAGCAACACGAAAAACAAAUAUUGAACAGUUUAACAAACAGCAUCGUUGGAGAAAACGUGGCGUAUCCUUAGUUCCGACUAUGUUCGGAAUAGCAUUUACAGAGAAAUUGUUGAAUCAAGCGGGUGCACUAGUAUUAAUUUACGUAGACGGAUCAGUACUUCUAUCUCAUGGAGGAACUGAAAUGGGUCAAGGACUCCAUACUAAAAUGAUACAAGUGGCUUCAAGAACCCUAGGAAUUGACGUUUCUAAAAUAUAUAUUAGCGAGACUGCAACCGAUAAAGUCCCGAACACCUCAGCCACGGCGGCCAGUUCCGGCUCAGAUUUGAAUGGUAUGGCAGUUCUGCAAGCUUGCGAGACCUUAGUGGAAAGACUUCAACCUUAUAAAGAGAAAAAUCCUAAUGGUAAAUGGGAGCAAUGGGUAUCAGCUGCAUAUGUUGAUCGAGUUAGCCUUUUUGCAACCGGAUUUCAUGCAACCCCGGAUCUUGGGUAUAAUUGGAAAACCAAUUCAGGCAGGGCAUUUAACUAUUAUACAUAUGGAGUUGCGUGUAGUGAGGUUGAGAUUGAUUGUCUCAGUGGUGACCAUCAAGUUAGAAGAACGGAUAUCGUCAUGGAUUUAGGUACAAGUUUAAACCCAGCAAUAGAUAUUGGACAGAUCGAAGGCGCCUUCAUUCAAGGAUAUGGUUUGUUCACACUAGAAGAAUUGAUUUAUUCUCCAACCGGAACACUGUAUUCUCGAGGACCCGGUGCUUAUAAGAUACCUGGUUUUGGGGAUAUUCCGCAAGAAUUUAAUGUAUCUCUACUAAAAGGUGCACCAAAUCCACGUGCCGUUUAUUCAUCCAAGGCUGUGGGUGAACCACCGUUGUUCUUAGCAUCAACAGUCUAUUUUGCGAUAAAAGAGGCGAUACGUGCGGCACGCGCUGAUGCUGGGAUGCCUCUCGACUUCUACUUAGAAUCGCCAGCUACAUCCGCACGUAUACGCAUGGCUUGUGAGGAUAAUAUCACCAAAAAGCUUAAUAUUCCUGACCCAGAUAGCUUUGUACCUUGGAAUGUAGUACCUUGAGAAUUCUCAAAGCAGGUAACAUUGGUGUGUAUUUAUAAGUCUAGCGCAAAGACAAUUUAAUUAGUUUAAUUUAAUUGUACCUAAAAUUGUGUUGUUCUCGAAAAUAAUAUUAUGUAGUAUGGUAUGGUAAAUAAAUAACUGUUAUCAACUUAGACAUACAUAGACAUUAAUGUUUAGAUAUACAUAAUAGGUAGGUACUUAAUUAUCUCACCAAUUAUAUCUAACUUUAGAUAUAACGGUUUUGCGUAUGGUAGUUUACUCCAAGAUCCAAUUGAUGUUUGUUGAUUUAAGUACGUAACAAACAGACGGUGUUAUUUCGACUUUGCAGUGAAUUAAUAUAAUAAAAGUUAAAAUUAUAUAAUGUAAUUGUUUUAUUUUCUGAGAAUAUUAUUAAUCAUAAAUUAAUAAAAUCACGUUCCAGAUUUUUAACAUUAAAAUUAAACUGAUUUUAAAAAUAUACGGUUAAGUUUUCCACCACUGAUUAAAUUAGGCAAUUUUGGAUAUCCGACAUAUAUUUAUAACUAGCUGUGCCCGGGUGAAAUUUAUUGCGUAUAUGUUAUUAUGAUGUAUAAGGUAUAUUACUGUAAAGUUUCAUCAAAAGCCGCCCACUUUAUGCGUGAAAGAGUAACAAACAUCCAUCCAUAUUCACAAACUUUCGCGUUUAUAGUUAGAUAAUAUGUAGGUACAUUUAGAAUAUAACCAAUUUGUAAUAAUUAACAAAUGCUAAAUUUUAUUCCAAUCUGUUCAGUAAUUUUUGUGUGAAAAUGUACCAAAGGUCUAUUUUCAUAAAUUUCCCAAUUGAUAGCAUUUGUAGGAACUAUUAAUAGCAAAUACGUCGUACGAAUUGUAAAUAUUUGAUAAGUGAGAAGAAUAAAUACACCGUUAAAUAGAUAAAAUUAUUUAUUUUAAAUCAUACCUAAUAUAUUACAUUUAAGUGACUAAUAACAAAUUCAAUAAAUUAAGGAGUGCAAUCAAUGACAGCUAAAUUGAAAUAAUUUUAUUAUUGCUCAUGUUAUUGUUACUUAUAACGAGUCAGUAUAGUAUAAAUUAUUGUAAGGUGGCACUAAGUACAUUUAGAUGUAAUAGAAUUAUAGAAAUAAUGUAAGUUUAUGUAUUGCCGAAAUUCUUAAAGAAUACAAAAUCAUCAGGUACGAGAAUAGAGGAGAGAGAAUAUACAAUUCUUUGGUAUUUUCCAAAUUAUUGUUUUAAAUGCAUGACUGUCUGUAGCUGUUUCUAACGAUCAAUAUAUAUAUAUAUAUAUAUAAUAUUCAUAACAAUAUAAUUUACAUUAAUAAUAACCAGGAAUUUUGUACAUAUAAUAAGUACAUAAGGGAAUCUAUCUACAUACUGUAUAUAAGGGAUACAUUUAAAAAUAUGCGAGGGAUAGUCGAAAAAGCAAAAUGAAUUUCAUGUGUAUAAAUUCUUUUAUAUGUAACAAUACAUCAAUAGGUUAAUGAAUAGGUAUUAAAAAUAAAUAUGCUUUAAGUAAGAAACUACUUCUAAGUGGAACCUGAAUUUUUUUUGUGUGUUAAAUUACAAUUAUUCCAAGCCAAGUUAUUAUUAGAGGAAAUCGGAAUAGCGGUGCAGAGAACUAUAUGCUGGUGCGCUUAUUGACUGUUUGCCUAAGUAAAGGGAAUUUUGAAGUUAUAGAACGAUGAAUAUUAUCAUUAUUGCCUCUCAGUAAAAUAUCGGCGUUGUCAAAUAUAAUUUCUUCAAGAAUAAACAGAGGACAAAAAAAAAAGAAUAUUUGAUAAAUAUACUCGUACUAAUAAAUAAUAAAUCAAGAAAAGUAAGA